AUUUAAGGUGGAGCGGGUCCAUUCCAGUAAGAGGCUGACUUCAGAUUCGUGUGCGACACGAUGUCUGGAGCUGUUAGACUUUAACGUUAUUCCUUAUUCGCCUGGCAUGUUUACCAGAUUCAGGGUUUUUAUAUCCCAUACUCCAACACAGGGGGCGAGCAGGCUCGUUGCUGAUUUUUGAGCAGCAGUCGAAGCAAAACUGUGUUUGGUUCCGCAGAUGAGAUGAGAGGCGAGUCAGGCCGGCUGUAGACGGAGUGGAUUAGCCAGCAUUUCGAGGAGAAGCUUGUUAUGUCCGGCCCCACCUGGCUGCCUCCGAGGACUCUGGGUAGUCCUGAGCGACCUGCAGCACAGAUGUCACAUGCUGGACCUGCCUACUACAGACUGCCCAAAAAGGGUCCUUCUGACCAGAGGCCCAGAUAUGGUGUUUAUGACCAAAAUGGAGCAGCAGUCGGACAUGGUGUACCGACAAGGUACAUGGCCACUGGACCCUCAGGUGGAAGCAUGUAUCACCAGCAUCAGGAUGACCUUUCAGGGCCGUCCCCAUACCACCCCAAAACAGGAGAGCACUACUAUCCUCCAGCAGAUGGGUCCAAAGAUAACCACCUCUCCUGGAGCCCACACAUGGCCAGCUACGAUCACCAUGCUCGAGGCUCUGAUAAGCACCUCUCUAGUAUUGAUGCAGAGAUAGACUCUCUCACCUGCAUGCUGGCUGACAUGGACAGCCACCCUCCAAAUUCAAGCACACAGCUAUACGAUAAUGUGCCUUACAACAAGCACCUACCCAGCGACCGCUACAAACCCUCUGGCCAGACGGGAGUACCGUCCCAGGCUAGACCCUCCAUGGGCUACCCUCCUCAUCCUCAGAGUCAGUACCAUUCCUCUCCUCCUUACACCUCCACUCCACAGCCAGAGUACGCCUAUCCGUCCCCUUCUUCCUCCGCCCCUAAACCAUACCCCCAGCCAGUGCCUGCCUCCUACACCACUGCCUCCACUCCCACUGGGCCUCGCUUCAGCGUGCAAGUCAAAACUGCCCAGCCUGUUACCUACUCUCAGAGCGGACGGCAGGCAGAGCAAGCCUACACUCCGCCCCCUCCCCGCCAGCAUGCUUCUCGCCCCACUCAACAAGACCGCCCUCAUUACCCUGAAGUGGCAGGACAGGGACAGGGCUGGUACCCACCACCUCCCCCUCCAGCCCAGGAGGCUCACGGUGACCCGGCAACGUAUAAGGGGGGAUCAGGUCAAGUUCAAGCACCGAUCAGGGUACAGGGACCGCCAGGGAAAAAAGGACAAGAACAGGGGUCAGCAUACCAACCUAGCAAGGGGCCACUGCCGAGACCAGAGGAGGAGUUGGAUCGGCUCACUAAGAAGUUGGUGUACGACAUGAAUCAUCCCCCUGCAGAAGAAUACUUUGGCCGCUGUGCAAGAUGUGGGGAUAAUGUGCUAGGUGAUGGCAGUGGCUGUAUUGCUAUGGAGCAAGUAUUCCACGUGGAGUGUUUUACGUGCAUCACCUGCCAUGCUCGCCUUAGAGGCCAGCCUUUCUAUGCACUGGACAAAAAAAGCUACUGUGAGAGCUGUUACAUUAGCACACUGGAGCGGUGCUCGAAGUGCUCCAGCCCAAUCCUGGACCGCAUCCUGCGGGCAAUGGGUAAAGCCUACCAUCCACGCUGCUUCACCUGUGUGGUCUGUGGCUGCUGCUUGGACGGGGUGCCCUUCACUGUGGAUGCUGCCUCCCAAAUCCACUGCAUUGAGGACUUUCACAGGAAGUUUGCCCCACGCUGCUCUGUGUGCGGCCAGCCCAUAAUGCCUGAGCCAGGCCAGGAGGAGACUGUGAGGAUUGUCGCUCUGGACCGCAGCUUCCAUGUGAACUGCUAUGUGUGUGAGGAGUGUGGGUUGCUUCUCUCAUCUGAAGGAGAGGGCAGAGGCUGCUAUCCUCUGGAUGGCCACAUUCUGUGCAAGAGCUGCAGUGCCCGACGAAUCCAAGACCUCUCUGCCAAAAUCUCUACCGACUGCUAACGACUUCUUUCAUCUUUUCUCUAUCUUGCCACUCUGGUAUUUGAUGUUGUCUGUGAGGGAUGUUCGUAGAGACAGUUCACCAUUUUCAAAUUCCUACUCCUGUUUCACCCCUUUAUAUUAGCAGAAAGCAGGUAAUUGAAUAACCUCAUGUAACAAAUAGCUGAAUUCCACAUGCUCAGGGUUUAUAGUUCAAGUCAUGAAAUAAGAAUGAAGUUUGAGUCCUUUACAUGGGCCAUUUUAAUGAAACAGAUGGUGAGUUUACAGUGGAUAUAAAUAUUGGGUGUGUGUGUGUGUGUGUGUGUGUGGGUGUGUGUGGGUGUGGGGUUGUUCAUGUUUUGCUCACUUCUCUGAACAGGGUUAGGGUUUGAUCAGGGUACCUUUUUACUUUAUAGUAAAGAAUCACUGCCGCUGAGAAUCUGUUUUAUUGAUUUAUCUUCAAUAAUCCAAAAAUUUUUAGUCACUCAAACAGUCGUGAUGAGAUUUACUUUGUUGACUUUAUUCUGCAUAUCGCCAUAUCGCUACUGUCGGAACGAAACCUCGUAUCUCCAAAAUGUUGACAUUACAGCAGAAGGAAAACAUCAUCUUUACUUUCAGUGUAAGUCAAUGGAACCAGACAUUAUCAACAUUUUUGGCCAUUUCUUUUGGUCCAUUUAUCAUGAAGUUUAUACACAGUGUAAAGAACAGAAGGCAUUUUCAAAUUAUGUUAAAAACUGCCAAAAAUGGAGAUACGAGGUUUUGUCCCAACAGCAGCGACAUCCUCUAGUUCAGAACUUUGUCUGUGCUGUGUAGACGUCCCUUUCCUGUAACCAGGAAGAGUCACACAGCAAAAAUACUUGAGCAGCAUCUUAAAUGAUUUUAAAUAUAAGCAAUUUGUCUAAUACUUCUCAGUGUGGGGUCAUUGUGAGGAUAGUACAAAUUAUUCAUCCUGUGUAUUCCUAGGCAUCUUUACUUCUACAAAGUGAUUUGGUGAAAUUGUCUUCAAGUAGUCCACGAUGCAAGCGGAGCUAGUGCAGUUAUCAAUGUAAAACCUGUGUACAAUAAGCUAAAAUGUCUUGAAAUUUGGGUUGUUUAAUGAUUGGGCAGAUUAAAAAAAUUAGCAGUGGACUAGUGUUUAGAUUUUGCCCAUAUUUCAAACAGAUAUUUACAAUGUAUUUAUUGCAUUCUGGGACAGCAGAAUGUUUGGGCUAUGCUGGGCUAUUUUAUUCAUUUCAUGCAUUUGUAACCCUCUACAAAUAUUGGCUGCAAAAGUUUAAUCACCCCACGUCAAAAUACAAUUUUUAUUUAUUUUUUUUUUUAAGUGAAAAUAAGUUAACACAUCCUCCACCUCUGCACAUCUAGUUUUUUAAGCAGUUUAGCUUGUUAGUUGAUUCUCCAUCAUGAUGUUAAUUUUUCAUUUUAUAAAUGCUAAGUUUUAAUAUUAACACCAUUGCUGUUGACAUGUACGCCCGAUCAGCAUAAGCCCAAAAUUUCCCUGUCGUUGCAUCCCUACUUGAAAUGGGUUAAUCUUGCCAUUUUCUCACAACAACUUCGUAUUGAGACGUAUGAGAUUUUGUCUGUAUUUUGUCCAAAUUUACAAGGUGCUUACAUUUAAGAUGUUUUUGCUCACCAAGAGAACUUUUUUGCAGUACAUUUGAUAUUUUGCUCAUCCAAUUUAAAAGGUCCUUUAGCCUCUGUCCUCAAUAUAGAGUGUCUGUUACUAUUAAACACUAACCUCAGCAGCUUCAGCAGGAAGUGUUAAACAUAUCAGUGAACAAUAUUUUUAACACUUGAAUUGGUCAUUAUCGUGUGUUUAAUACCUACGAUUUAACCUUGAAUCAUGGCAAUGAUGACUAAUACAAUGGCAGCCUUUUCGACGUGUGUGUGUGUGUAUAUAUAUAUAAAAAAUGAUGCUGCAUUUUCUGUGGCCGGCUGAAAGUUGGUGGAUUUGCUCUUUAUCUGGCUUUUUGAUUUGGAGCUAAUUUUUCCUACCCAUACCUAAACCAUCUCAGAUCAGCAUCAGCGGGAACCAUGUUCCAGCACAGCUAAAUGAAGGAAUUUUGAGUGAGUGUUACUUGGGAUUCAUCUAUGGAAUGCAGUAAAAUUACUUGUGUGUGCUCUGUUAGAUCAUGCAGGUUGAUUACUGUGAAGUAGUAACUUCUAUGAGGAAAAAGUUGCUGUAAAUCACGGGUGUGAAACUGAGGGUUCGAGUCCGGCACAAACUUUCCUGCUCAAACAUACCUGAGCAGGAAAGUCCCCAAAGUGUGUAGAUAUCUGGCCCUCCAGAACUGGAGUUCCCCACCCCUGCUGCAAAUGGACUCAGUGGAGCAGUGAAAAGAUUUGUAGUGUAGUGAGUGAAACACUCGGAUAGAUGAUCUUUAGCUCGGAGCCUCUUGAAUGUGAGGUUAACGUAUCGUAGCAAUCAGGGCAGGUGGAAUUUGAGCUUGCUUUUUGGAAUCUUUGGUAAAUGGAUUUCUAUAAAACAUUGAACUUACUCAACAUAUAAUGCAUGAAUAAUUUUACAUCCUGAAGGUCAUUUAACGGUUGGUAUUGUGCCAUAGGGGUUGCUGUGGCUGGAAUAUCAGUUUGCCAUCCUUUUUUGGGGGGGGUAUUUCCGUUUUUGCCACAUAGAAAAGAGGUCAUUUAUGAUUCAUUACUUUUACUACUCAUUAGUAGUUGGGCUUUUCUUUACUGGUAUAACUAUUAGAUGAAGUGUGUUAAUUGACUUUGUUGUUUUUGUUUUGUUUUUUGUUACAUCAGCCUCAAUGCGUUGAAUAGGUAUUCUUGAUGUGACAGUAUAUUCAUCUUGCGGAGUGGUGAAUGUUGAGAAUUAGUCCAUUUAUACACAGUGAUCAAAGUGAACACAAAGUACAGAAUAACAGUUGCAGUUUUAUUUACUGAAUUUGAAACAGAAUUUUGUUUGAAUGUGCCAUCGUUUAACUGGAAUAUUUUUUUAAUUUUUUUUUGGUCCAAUACCCAGAUGUGGUAUGUCUUAUUUUCCCAAAUAGUUUCAUUGUUUAUUUACUUCUGCUUUUAAUGCCGUGUUACUGAGCACCCAGUAACUCCCUCAGGUGUGAUAUUUUUCUGUUUUUUUUUUUUUUUAAAUUAAAUGUAUCUCUGGAUGUUUUUGCCUUGUUUCUGCCCUGGUGUAUCUUAUCCCUGCCCACUAGUGCUAAUGAACAAGUGUCCUUGUUGCUGCAGAGUUCACCUUGUGUUUUUUGUAAAACUAUGAAGUUGGCACUCUAUAAUGAUCAUUUACCUGUACACAUACUUUUUUUUUUUUUUUUUUUUUUUUUUUUGGGGGGGGGGGCUCUUCUCUGAUAAAUGUAAGAAAAAAAUCUCAACUCAUAAAUCCAUCCAUGUUUUCAGCAA